AUGAAUACUCGCGGGCUGUAUCGCAAUAGCAAAGCUGCUCCGACGCCAACCAACGAAUAUAUCCACUGGACGGUCCGGAAGUUGUACGACAAACAUCCCUGGCAUUGUCAGGCCCUGAAGGAUUAUCCGAUGAGUUUCGACAAUUUCGGCAGAGCGUCAUGGAAUCUCCGCUCAAAGGGUGCUGAGACUGCCAUCCGGCUGCCCGAGGAAUCGCCCUGCAAGCUGGAGCAGGAUUUAUUGCUCUCAUGGAUGAAAGAAGAGAUGGGAGUAGAGAAGCGAAACAAAGGGGAGAAUGCAAGCCGUUCAUCUACUACGGACGCAGAGACGUGGCCUCUCUUUGAUAUUCUAGAGCCGUACCUGAAAAGUCUGCAACAACCUUUAUAA